CCCAGAUUUUAAGGUUGAACGCUGAGUGGCUUCAUCGGAGUUAAAAAUUGGAUGUUGCCGACUUGAGAUAAUAGCAUUCGUUCGUCAAUUGCAACAUUGAAGCUUGUAAUAAUAAAUCUUAAUUCGAUCUAAACUCUGCUUCACCUUUUCCCCUUCUUUCCUUACAACAAACACAUUAUUACUGUCAAACCAUGUCCUUACCAAGGCUACAAACAUGCGCAGUACGCCGAAAUAUACAAUCAUCCCUUCGUGAUUUCAUUACCUUGACUUCCUACCGACCAAUCCGAAGACAAUUCUUAAGCACAACUCGAAAUAAUAAUGCAGCAGUCACUACCAACACAUCCUCCCCGACCGAUUCUUCGGCGCCUAAACCCAAACGCAAGCCCUUGACACAGGAACAACGCGAUUUUCUCUCGUCAGCUCUCCGUGUCAAUCAAGCAGGCGAAUUAGCUGCCACAUUAAUUUACACGGCUCAGACCCCGCCUAUUGUAAAUGCGCACCCACACCUCCGACCCUUGAUGGCCCAUAUGUAUGCGCAGGAAGAAGGUCACUUUAAUACAUUCAACUCCCUCAUCGCUAAACACCGCGUACGUCCGACCGCUCUAUAUCCGCUUUGGUCCGUCCUUGCAACUGGAUUGGGUUGGUCAACAGCGGUUAUGGGAAGGGAGGCCGCAAUGGCUUGUACAGAAGCAGUUGAGACAGAAAUAGGAGGCCAUUACAACAAUCAAAUACGAACUCUGCUCGAAAUGUUUGAACAAUGGGAAGCGGAUGGUUACGAAGUGGGUGAGGAGCUACAAGACCUCAUACAGACAUUGAGAAGAAUACGAGAUGAAGAAUUGGAACACCUGGAUCAUGCUGUCGACAACGAUGCGAAGAAGGCCGAACCGCAUUGGUUAUUAACAGGCGUCAUACGUCUAGGAUGCAGAGGAGCAAUUUGGGUCAGCGAAAGGGUAUAAACCUGCCCUCGAGAACCUAUCUGUAUACUGCUGAUAGCUCCGAUGCCACUUAAUAUCAUGCUAGAAAUAACGCAAUCCCGAUAUCAGGUGAGUCGGCAGCAGUCCUGACAAGCGAAUAGUAUCUUAUUGAGAGAUCGUCGGUAUACAUUAUCGUUCGUCCUGGUCGAGGCUAACGAGAGUCGUAAUUACAAACGAACCCUUUAUACCCUAUCGGUUAUACGAUUAGCUCCUAUAAAAUAUGCCAAUUCUCUUGAGGGCAACCCUAUACUUCUCGAGAAAGACUCGGUAGCAACAACUCAAAUACCUCUAUGUUGUACGAAAGUUGGCCGAUUCAAUUUAUAUAUGUAGUUCAAAGAACAAUAACUUUGUUGACAUAAGACGAGAUCUUAAAGAAAAUGAAAUCUAAGCACAUGCAGGUACACGUUUAUUCUUGACGUUUACACCUACAAUUGCCGUUAUCUCCUCAACUUUAAACUCACCAAUAAGUAUCAGUAUUUAAAUUCUCGGACUACUCUUACAUCAUCAUAUAUAUAUAACUCCUGUGUAUGAGAUUACUAUUUCUUCUACGGAUUUAUUUCCAUUUUCUCGCCGGUAAGAGUCAUCGGCGUGUCGAACCACAACCAUGUAACUAUUACAUACCGCCUAACCA